AUGGCGGACCCAAAAGCACAGCACAAGAAAAGGCAAGUACAAAGCUUUAUUAUAUUGAUAUUUUUAUGGGAGGUGGGUUCAGAAACAAUGCAAUAUUCUGUGCUGGAAGAGGCAGAAAGUGGUACGUUUGUGGCUAACUUGGCAAAGGACCUGGGACUCGGGGUGGGCGAGCUGGCUACACGAGGCGCCCGGCUUGUUUCCAAGGGAAACAGACAGCAUUUGCAGCUUCACCCAGAGACCUACGAUUUACUGCUUAAUGAAAAACUGGACCGGGAGGAGCUGUGUGGCUCCACUGAUCCCUGUAUAUUACCUUUCCAAGUGCUACUGGAAAACCCCUUGCAAUUUUUCCAGGCUGGACUGACCGUCAUAGAUAUAAAUGACCACGCCCCAGAGUUCCCAACCGGAGAAAUGCUACUGAAAAUAUCAGAAAUCACAACACCAGGAAAGAUAUUUCCUUUGAAAAUGGCACAGGAUUUAGAUGCUGGCAGCAAUAGCCUUCAGAGCUACAAAGUCAGCCCCAACCCCCACUUCCACGUGCUCACUCGUGCUCGCAGCGAUGGCAGGAAGAUUCCCGAGUUGGUGCUGGAUGAAGCGCUGGAUAGGGAGGAGCAGCCCCAGCUAAGGCUGACCCUAACAGCGCUGGACGGAGGGUCUCCUCCGCGGUCAGGAACCACAGAGAUUCAGAUCUUCGUCUUGGACAGCAAUGACAACGCCCCUGAGUUUGCGCAGGAGUUCUAUGAAGUCCAAGUCCCAGAGAACCAGCCCUUGGGCUCCUUGGUGGUCAUCGUGUCAGCCACAGAUCUGGAUGCAGGAUCCUUUGGGGAGGUAUCUUAUGCUCUAAUUCAGGUCGAUGACCUAAACCAACCCUUUGAAAUAAAUGCAGUCACGGGAGAAAUUCAACUGAAAAGGGCACUGGAUUUUGAGGCAUUUCAGUCCUUCCAUGUGGAUAUUGAAGCCACAGAUGGCGGAGGAUUGUCAGGAAAGUGUUCUUUACUCAUCAAGGUAUUGGACGUGAAUGACAAUGCCCCUGAACUGACUCUGUCCUCACUCACCAGCCCCAUCCCUGAAAACUCACCAGACAUUAUGGUUGCAGUUUUCAGUGUUUCAGAUGCAGAUUCUGGACCCAACCAACAAGUUCUCUGCUCUAUAGAUGACAAUCUCCCCUUCCUUCUAAGACCUUCCAUAGAGAAUUUCUACACCCUGGUAACUGAAGGAACCCUGGACAGAGAGAGCAGAGCUGAGUACAACAUCACCAUCACCGUUACCGACUUGGGCACCCCCAGGCUGAAAACCGAGCACAAGAUAACCGUGCUGGUCUCCGACGUGAAUGACAACGCGCCCACCUUCUCUCAAGCCUCCUACACCCUGUUCAUCCGCGAGAACAACAGCCCCGCCCUGCACAUGGGCACCAUCAGCGCCACAGACAGAGACUCAGGAGCCAACGCCCAGGUCACCUACUCGCUGCUGCCGCCCCACGACCCGCACCUGGCCCUGGCCUCCCUGGUGUCCAUCAACGCGGACAAUGGCCACCUGUUCGCGGUGAGGUCGCUGGACUACGAGGCCCUGCGAGCCUUUGAGUUCCGCGUGGGCGCCACGGACGCGGGCUCCCCCGCGCUGAGCAGCGAAGCGCUGGUGCGCGUGGUGGUCAUAGACGACAAUGACAAUGCGCCCUUCGUGCUGUACCCCAUGCAGAACGGCUCUGCACCCUGCACCGAGCUGGUGCCCAGGGCGGCCGAGGCGGGCUACCUGGUCACCAAGGUGGUGGCGGUGGACAGCGACUCUGGCCAGAACGCCUGGCUGUCCUACCAGCUGCUCAAGGCCACGGAGCCCGGGCUGUUCAGCGUGUGGGCGCACAAUGGCGAGGUGCGCACGGCCAGGCUGCUGAGUGAGCGCGAGGCGCCCAAGCACAGGCUCCUGGUGCUGGUCAAGGACAAUGGGGAGCCACCCCUGUCUGUCACCGUCACUCUGCACGUGCUCCUGGUGGAUGGCUUCUCUCAGCCCUACCUGCCUUUGCCUGAGGUGGCCCCUGAGGAGCCCCACGCUGACUCCCUCACUAUCUACUUGGUCAUCGCGCUGGCCUCGGUCUCCUCGCUCUUCCUCUUCUCUGUGGUCCUGUUCAUCACCCUGAGGCUGUGCAGGAGGAGCAGGGCCACUUCAGUAAAUCGCUUCUCAGUAACAGAGGGCCAAUUUCCGGGCAACUUAGUGGACUUCAGUGGCACCGGGACCCUGUCCCACAACUACCAAUAUGAGGUGUGUCUGACGGGAGGUUCCGGAAUCAGCGAGUUCAAGUUCCUCAAGCCAAUUUUCCCCAACUUCCCUCCCCAGGAAACUGCGAGGGAAAUGGAGGAAAACGCCACUCGAAAUAGUCUCCAAUUCAAUUAA